AAAACUAUGUCUUUUUUUCCUUUUUCACUUUGCUAACAUUGGGUCUUUCAAUUCAUGCUUAUUUUCUUUAAUGGUGGAAAAAAAAAUUAAACUUGGGGAAGAAGAAAAGAGAUUUUCUAUACUUGAAAAGUUAUUAAGAAAACCCCACUUGACUGGGCUUUGAGUUUUGGUAGAUUUAUUAUUUAUGUUUAGAGGAUUCUUGAUGUUAUAUAUCACUAGGCAUGCAUGUCAUGUAUAGUCUAGUUACAGAAUGGCAUGUUAGUUUAUGAAUAAGUGUGAGAUUUAGAGAAUCUAUAGAGAAACCUAACUUGCCUUAAACGACAAAUUAUUGAUCAUGAAUUCAUAAUUGGAAUGAAAUGGGUCGACUAGUGGCAGAGCUAGGGAUUUUCAUUAAGGGGAUCCUAAAAUAUGAAUAAGUAAAGUCAAGGGGAUUCAAUGUCUACUAUAUCUGACAUAAAGUUAAUUUUUACCUUAUAUAGACAAUGUACUUUUUCAGCACAGGGGGUCGGAUAAACCCCUUCUGUCCCUAGCUCUGCCUGUGCAUAUAUAGUCAAUCAAUCUGCAUUGGAUAAGGACAUUGAUCAUUUAUCAAUUGGUCAUUUGAUUGAUUGCAUCACUUAUGUUGUUGCUGUAGUUAAAUUGUUAUCUUUUUUCUUGUGUCCUCCUCCUCAUCUUGUCAUUCACUUGGGAUACCUCACUUUGUUGAGGAAUUCUUUUGUAGGUUAUGGUAUUUGUAGUAUGAAUUUAUUGAGUUUAAACCGGGACUUGAUAUAUUUCUAGAAAAUAUCAAGCAGUUUCUUGAUGUGUUACAUUUUCAGAAGAUGAUUCUUUGUGGUUUAGUAAUUUAAAAAGGAAUUUAAUUUCUCUCCAUAAAACUUUGCUGAGGUUUAUUAAAUGCGUAAGAUGUUAAUGUUUGCAAAUCUUUUGGCUGUUAAUGGUUAUGGAAAAUAAGUAAAUAACCCUAGAUUAUGAUCCCAAGGCGGACACAGUGAGGGGAUUUGUAGUGGUACUGAUAUCCUUUGUCCAGUACUUAUAUGAAAUGUAUGAAAAGGAGAAAAAGGAAGGAUGUAAAAUAAAAUGCCAUGUCUGAUUGCUAUCCCAUCCCUUCCUCUUGGGUAAUUUUUAUGUUGUAAAACAUUUUACCAAAAUAGUCUUCUGUCCUGCUUUGUUCAGUCCAAUAAAGGUGUCAGAGCAAACGCUAAUUGUUGUUUGGCUCCUAAUGUCUGUACCAUUUGAAGUUUAAACAAGAACACUGCUAACAAUCUUAUUUUGACAGCAAAGUAGUGUAAUAAUUACCUCAACUUGCCUAAUUUCUAAGAAAUUAGUACCUUUUGGUGGAGCCAAAGUGUGUGGCAAGCACAUUCAACCUUGCCAUAUUAUCCCAGGGAAGAGAUCAGGUUCUUGCACGAAGUAUUAACGACACUUGGCAAAAGGAAACUUACAAUUUUAAUAAUGUCCUCUAGAAUUAGUAGUGAUCAAAUGUAUGGGAACAAUAGUUGCACAUAUUACUUUUACUUGUCCAUAAUGGACUUUGCACUCCCCUUAAGAAAUAUUUAAUGAAGUGCACAUUUAUCAUAAUACCCAAAUUAAGUCUCAAUGGACUUAGGAAAUAAUUUGGGGAAGAGUAGUUAAUGUUAAGGGUAAAAUAGAAAAAAAUACCGUUCUCUUGAAAUAAUCUUGUAUUUUUGCCUCCACUAAGAAUUGAACUUGAGACCUUAUGGUUCUCAACUCAGUUCAUUGACCACUAAAUCAUACCUUGACUGCUUUAGAGUCUAGUGAGUCAAUUUAUUCAUGAGUUACAGUAGGUUAAGUAACUGGAUUUGUGCGAAACCACCAUUAGAUGAUAAACAAUAAAGUCAAAAGGAAAAAUAAGAGGAAAAAGUUAUAAAAAGACUAGUAGAAAGUACAUAUCUCAUCAUAUUUUUGCACUUCAACUAUGGCGGAUCAAUUUUUUGUUUUUAUAUUGGUACUUUAACUAUGGUGGAUCAUUGAGCUCAAAUUAUUAGAAAAUGAUUAGGUUGUCCGUAUCAGCAUGCGGUGCUUUUCGAACGAAGUGUCUGUAAUAAGCUAUAUCACAAGCUCAUGUUUCUACAAUCUUAAUCUGUAUAUAUUUGAAUGAUGCUAUAAAUCUUCAUCAAAGUGCUUAUUUUUUUAUAAUUGAACAAAAGCGAGUCAUCAAUUGUUCUGUUUUUGUUGUGAUCUAUUUCUACCAAGUUACUGACUUCUUCUGUAAGAAGUCUUCAGGGGGGCUAAGGAUGUAAUAGAAGUGGUUAAUCUCGAGGAUAUAGUGGGUAUGAGGAGAGGUAGAGGUAGACAAAAAAGUACUGGGGAUAGGUGAUUAGACAAGACAUGAUACAACUUCUGCUUACCGAGGGCAUAACCUUAGAUAGGAGAGCGUGGAGGUCGCGGAUUAGGGUAGAAGGUUAGUAGGUAGUAGUGUAUUGUCUGUCGUAAUUCUAGCCUUUUCUUGUAGUGUGUCCCUUUUGGUUUCUAUCAUCAUUUGUGUUUAUUGUGUUUCAGUUAUCACACUAUUUUGUUGGUGUUACUGUGUUCCCUUGACUAAUAGCUAUAUUUUCUUCACUGUCGUUUUUAUUUUCCCUUUCAUACCUACUUUGAUUUGCUGUACUCAAGCCAAGGGUCCUCCAGAAACAACCUCUCUAUCUCCACAAGGUAGAGUUAAGUUUUUGAGAAUGUAGAUUCAUGGAUCUUGCUCUUUGAAGAGGAAUACUCAGUGUGGGGAGUUUAUUUGCUAACAAAGGAUGGAUUCAGGGAAGUGUACAUCUAGAAAUGGUGCUUCAUCAUCAAAUAUGGCACAUACAAGUUUCCUGAAUAGGGUAUACACAAAAUCUCUCUUCGAAGAAGAAGAGAGAUUUGCUGAACAUGCCACAAUAAAGGAUGUAAAUAUUGACCUCAGAGAAGUUUAUUUUCUGAUUAUGCAUUUUUUGUCAUCUGGGCCGUGCCGAAAAACGUUUGGAAUAUUCUGUGAUGAACUUUUGGAACAUGAGCUUCUGCCUAGGAGAUAUCAUGCUUGGUAUUCAAGAAAAGGUGUACUCAGUGGAGAUGAUGAUGACGAUGACAUUUCUUUCCCUCUAAAUUAUGAUGAUCUGAUGCUAAGGUAUCCUCAUGUUGAAAAAGAUCACUUGGUAAAGUUGUUUAAACAACUGCUGCUGAAUUCGGGUCCUCCUUUGCAAUGUGGUGGGGGAGAUGCUCCUGGUGCUGCUGAUGUCCCCACGCUACUUGGAUCUGGGCCUUUUUCUCUUUUGACUUGUGAGCGAAAUAGAGUCAAUAAGCAAGCACAAUCCCUUCCUUCAUACCUCCGUUGGCCACACAUGCCGGCUAAUCAGGUGCAUGGUCUAACUUUAAGAGAGAUUGGAGGAGGUUUCCCAAAACAUCAUCGUGCUCCAUCUAUCCGUCUUGCAAGUUAUGCUGUUGCAAAGCCGUCAACUAUGGUCCAAAAGAUGCAAAACAUAAAGAAACUAAGGGGACAUAGGGAUGCUGUUUAUUGUGCAAUAUUUGAUCGCUCAGGAAGAUAUGUGAUUACUGGUUCUGAUGAUCGCCUCGUCAAGGUUUGGUCAAUGGAAACUGGAUUAUGCCUGGCUAGUUGCCGAGGACAUGAAGGUGACAUCACUGAUUUAGCCGUCAGUUCAAACAAUGCUUUGGUGGCAUCUGCAUCAAAUGACUACAGCAUUCGAGUUUGGCGCUUGCCAGAUGGAUUACCUAUUUCAGUUUUGCGUGGUCACACUGGAGCUGUUACUGCCAUCGCAUUUACUCCAAAAACUAGCUCUGUGUAUCAGCUUCUAUCGUCAUCAGAUGAUGGAACUUGUCGCAUUUGGGAUGCUAGGUCUUCUCAAUGUGUUCCACGCGUUUACUCGCCAAGACCAAAGGAUAACGUUUCAGUGAGGAGCAGUGGUACCGCAGUAACCAACCUUCAGUCCUCAAGUAAUACAUCGCAUAGCCAUCAAAUUUUGUGUUGUGCAUACAAUGCCAAUGGAACUGUCUUUGUCACUGGCAGCUCUGAUACUUUAGCAAGGGUCUGGAGUGCUUGUAAAUUCUCCCCAGAUCACCCCGAGGAGCUAAAUCAUGAAAUAGAUACAUUAUCUGGUCACGAAAAUGAUGUCAACUAUGUACAGUUCAGUGGCUGUGCAGUUGCUUCACGAUCUUCAACUUCUGAUUCCAUUGUGGAGGACUGCAUUCCUAAAUUUAGGAAUUCUUGGUUUAGCCAUGACAACAUUGUCACUUGUUCCCGUGACGGAAGUGCAAUUAUUUGGACCCCAAAACCACGCAAGUCGUCCCAUGGAAAACAUGGACGUUCUUGGGGUAAGGCAUAUCAUCUUAAAGUUCCUCCGCCACCAAUGCCACCACAGCCUCCUCGAGGAGGGCCACGGCAGAGAUUUCGCCCUACUCCUCGCGGUGUUAACAUGAUAGUCUGGAGCCUGGAUAAUCGCUUUGUACUGGCUGCUAUCAUGGAUUGCCGAAUUUGUGUUUGGAAUGCUAGUGAUGGUAGCUUGGUGCACUCCUUGACUGGUCACGCACAGUCUACAUAUGUUCUGGAUGUUCAUCCUUUCAACCCCAGAAUCGCAAUGAGUGCUGGUUAUGAUGGGAAUACCAUCCUGUGGGAUAUAUGGGAGGGGAUCCCCAUCCGCACAUAUGAUAUAGGACGCUUUAAGUUGGUUGAUGGAAAGUUUUCACAGGAUGGAACAUCAAUUGUUCUUUCUGAUGAUGUUGGACAAAUAUAUUUAUUAAAUACAGGCCAAGGCGAGUCUCAAAAGGAUGCUAAAUAUGAUCAGUUCUUCCUUGGGGAUUACCGGCCCCUUAUCCAGGAUGCGCAGGGGAAUGUUAUUGAUCAGGAGACACAGUUAGCUCCAUAUCGGAGGAACAUGCAAGAUCUUCUUUGUGAUGCAAGUAUGCUUCCAUAUCCUGAACCAUAUCAGAGUACGUACCAGCGCCGCCGCCUAGGAGCUCUGGGUACCGAGUGGCGUCCUUCUUCAAUUAAAUUUUCUGUAGGCACAGACGGUGGUUUGGGUUUAGGAUACCAGGUUUUACCAGUGGCUGACUUGGACAUAAUAGCUGAACCACUGCCGGAGUUUGUGGAUACCCUUUUCUGGGAGCCAGAUAAUGUUAUUCUGAAUGAUGAGACUGAUUCAGAAUAUAAUAUGAAUGAAGAGCUUUCUGCUGAAGGAGAGCGUGAAUGUUUAAGAGACGGCUCUUCUAGUGGUUCAGUAUGUAGUGAAGAACAGAAGAUGAGACGGAGUCGGAAAGAUAGCCUACGCAGAUCAAAAAGGAAAAUAUCUGUAUCAGAAGUGGAAGUCGCAUCAUCUGGAAGGCGUCUUAGGAAGAAAGUUAAGGAUGAUGAUGUUGGCACUUCAUGUAGAAGUCUUAGAACUAGGAAAUCAAGAAAUGGGCAGAAAGCUACCACUAAAAGGAAGUCAUCUAAACCAAAGUCAUUCAGAUCUCACCGUGGAGCUGCACAUCCUGAAAUUGUAUAUCAGCAAUAUGACAUUUCUUCAGAUGAUGAAGAUGAAGCUAGCUCUGAGGAUGAUUCAUUGGAAACUGAAUCAUUAGAAUGUUGGUCAAGCGAUCAGAAUAUUGCAUCAGAUGACAAACUGACAAGCACACCGCGGAGCUAUCCAACAGGUGGAGCUAUCGAUGUGCCUCCUAAAUCCACUGAACCUCCGACAAACGGCGAGAACAAAAGGAGAUUAGUCCUGAAAUUGAAAAUCCGUGAUGCUAAUAAGCUUGAGCUAUCAAAAGACACUGCAGCUCAGUGUGGUGAUCAAGCUGAUAAGCCAUGUUCUUCUCAAGCUGGUGAAGAGAUAAUUGAAGAUAAUGUGGUUAACCUAAGGUUAAAGGAGCCAGGAUCAUCCUCUGCAGACAAGAUUGGCAUGAAGCUGUUUGGGAAAUACAGUAAAACUGAACAUAUGGUUAAUGACAAGGAACCCAAAGAUGUUUUAAAUGAGCAAGUCGAUAGAAAACCUUCUGCUGGUCCAGAUAUCCAAAAUCUGGCUCUGGCCGAUAAUUUAAUGGCUGAGGCUCAAACGAAUCUGGGACAAUCUGAAGCUAGCAGUUUGCUGGCUGGAAAUGGUCCUGGAGAUGUACUGUGUUUCUCAGGAGUUGCUAAAAGUUCUUCAUUAUUGCACUUGUCAUCAUCACCCAGUCAUCAGCUGCAGCAAAUAGGUGUUGGUCCUGGUGCAAACAAGUUGACUACCACCGAUGACAAUCCUGAAGUAAACCUCAAACCUAGAGUGAAGCCAACCAUAAUAAAGAUAAAAUCAAAGAAAAUGUCCAGGGAGUCUCAAACUCAUUCUGAGUUUAAUCCUCCUACAGAUGCUUAUUGUGGAGAUGAAUCAACAUCUAAAAUCUUUUCCCAUUUGGAACAAAACCAAGUUCCAGAAACAGGUAAUGGCCCUGAUAGAUUCAGUCAGAAUUUGCAUUGGGGUGUACUGAUGGAUGAUUCUGUUGGCAGAAACAAGUCUCAUGGAUCUAGAAGCGGUUUACGUAGCAGUCAUGAUAUUUGUGAAAGUGCUUCUAAUGCUUGUAAUGAUCAUAACGAAACAGGUUCUGAAUUCCCUCAUGCCGCAACUGAUGCAGCACGUAGAAAGAGAUCCUUAAGAUUUACUGCAAUGUCAAGAGACGCAGCAUUCGGGAAAGAUGACCUAAAAAUAAGAGAGAGCCAUGUAGCUGUAGGUUCAUCAAGAAACACCGAAAAGCUAACCAAGAAGGCUACUGGUUCUCCGCCAUUAGGAUGGACUUCAAGUAAUGUGUUCAAGUGCCGGUCAUCUAGAAACACUAAAGAGGGUUCUUCCAGGGAUGAAAAUGUUUUUUCAUCUGGAAUGAGCUCGAAUGAGGCAGUGAAAAAACUGAAUUGGUUGCUAUUGUCAGAGCGUGAAGAGGGUUACCGCUACAUUCCUCAGCUAGGUGAUGAAGUAGUGUACUUCCGACAGGGGCAUCAAGAAUAUAUAGAAUAUAGUGAUUCAUCAGAGCCUGGUCCUUGGACAAAGAAUGCAGCUGCAGUCCAAGCUGUGGAAAUUUGCUUGGUAAAACAUCUUUCAUAUGCAACUCUUCCUGGCUCUGGUGAGAGCUGCUGUAAAGUUACACUUCAAUUCAUAGAUUCCUCUUCCCCUGUCUCUGGACAGAAGUUUAAGCUUACACUUCCCGAACUAGUCAACUUCCCUGACUUUCUAAUUGAGAGACCAAGGUAUGAGACUGCAAUGGAGAGAAAUUGGUCGUAUGGAGAUAAGUGUCUGGUUUGGUGGAAGGAUGAGAGUGAGCAAGGUGGUAAGUGGUGGGUAGGUGAGGUAGUUUCAGUGAAAGCCAAGUCUGACCAGUUUCCUGACAGUCCAUGGGAAAGAUGUGGUAUCCUAUACGAAGGUGAAGUAGAACCCCAUCCUCAGAGUCCCUGGGAACUACAUGAUGUAGAUAGUUCAUGGGAGCAACCUCAACUUGACUUGGAAAGCAAAAAUAGAGUGUUGUCAUCUGUCACUGAACUACUGCAGUCAGCAAGCAGAAAUCAGGAUAACUUUGGGAUUCUAAAAUUGAAACAUGUUGCUGUGAAACUGGACUUCAUGAAUAGGUUCCCUGUUCCUCUAUCACCUGAAAUAAUCCGGUUAAGGUUAGAGAACAACUAUUAUAGAAGCUUGAAAGCAAUGAAGCAUGAUUUCUCUGUGAUGAUAGCAAAUGGUGAGGCUUACUUUGCCAAAAACAGAGAGCUUUCACUGAAAAUGAAGUGUCUUUCAGAUUGGUUUACCAAGAAAUUAUCAAAUUUAUGAGGGCAUGCUUCUCCUUAGCUUAUUAGUUUUCUUUCCUUCUUCCAACUGCCUGGCGGAUCCAAUUUUGUGGAAUGGAUCUUCAGUGCUUGUGCUCUGGAAAUGGUUGGUCUCUGAGUCUAGAGUUGUCUGUUGUAUUAUUUUGGGGGGUUUGGAGUACAGUUUACACCAAGUAGAAAUACCCUGUGGAGAUACAGAGAGGGGGCAUUCUUUUUUUUUUUUUUUUUUUUGCAUGUUUCUUCCCGAGAAUGUUACUCAGAAAACAGGAUUAUUUGGUUUACUUUUACUAUACUUUGAGAUUCAGUCAGUCCUUUGUUGUUUCGAUUCGAAUAGCCAAACUUCCUGAAUGAAAAUUGAAUGUAAGCACAGCUUAAUCCAUUACAUACAAGCCCAGCAACAAGAGAAAAUAAUGCUUGUAUUAGUUCUGGUAUUA